CGGACGGCGGUGGCUCUGUGCUGCGCUGCGCUUACUGGGCUGGGCCGGGCAACGGCGGUGACGGAAUCGGCUGCAGAGGCCGAGGCGCUGACCGGGUCGUCAGCCGCCUGCUGUGGUCUCAGCCUCUUCGCGCGGCCAGCAUUCCCCGGGCGGCGUCUGGCCGUGGCGCUCAGCCUGCUAGUGAGCUGCGGUGGGCACACCCUGGCGCGGCGGCGGCCGACAGGUUAGAGUGGGGGAAGGGGCAGGCGCGGGAGCCGCUUGGGGCUAGAGAGGCAGCCCGAAGCCAGGCAGUCUCCAGCCAUGUCCGACGAGACGUCGGCCACCACUUCGUAUGAGAAGUUUCUAACCCCCGAGGAACCCUUCCCCCUUCUGGGACCCCCUCGCGGGGUGGGCACCUGCCCGAGCGAGGAGCCAGGUUGCCUGGACAUCAGCGACUUUGGCUGCCAGCUGUCCUCUUGUCAUCGCACCGAUCCGCUCCACCGCUUUCACACCAACAGGUGGAACUUAACUUCUUGUGGAACAAGCGUUGCCAGCUCAGAAUGCAGUGAGGAGCUAUUUUCAUCAGUUUCUGUUGGAGAUCAAGAUGACUGCUUUUCCCUGUUAGAUGAUCAAGACUUCACUUCUUUUGAUUUAUUCCCCGAGGGAAGUGUCUGCAGUGAUGUCUCUUCUUCUAUUAGCACAUACUGGGAUUGGUCAGAUAGCGAGUUUGAAUGGCAGUUACCGGGCAGUGACAUUGCCAGUGGGAGUGAUGUACUUUCUGAUGUCAUACCCAGUAUUCCGAGUUCACCUUGCCUGCUUCCUAAAAAGAAAAACAAGCACCAGAAUUUAGACGAACUUCCUUGGAGUGCAAUGACAAAUGAUGAGCAGGUGGAAUAUAUUGAGUAUUUGAGUCGUAAAGUCAGUACGGAGAUGGGUCUUCGGGAGCAACUUGAUAUUAUUAAAAUAAUUGAUCCUUCUGCUCAAAUCUCCCCUACAGACAGUGAAUUUAUUAUUGAACUUAACUGUCUCACAGAUGAAAAACUGAAGCAGGUCAGAAACUAUAUCAAGGAGCAUAGCCCUCGCCAACGGCCUGCAAGAGAGGCCUGGAAGAGAAGCAACUUUAGUUGUGCGAGCACCAGUGGAGUGAGCGGUGCCAGCGCCAGCGCCAGCAGCAGCAGUGCCAGCAUGGUCAGUUCUGCAAGCAGCAGUGGGUCCAGUGUUGGAAACUCUGCUUCAAACUCCAGUGCCAACAUGAGUCGAGCACACAGUGACAGCAACUUGUCUGCAAGUGCAGCAGAGCGGAUUCGGGAUUCAAAAAAGCGAUCCAAGCAGCGGAAGUUACAGCAGAAGGCCUUACGCAAGAGGCAGCUGAAAGAGCAGAGGCAGGCUCGGAAGGAGAGGCUCAGUGGGCUCUUCCUCAAUGAAGAAGUGCUGUCCUUGAAAGUGACUGAGGAAGACCAUGAAGCAGAUGUAGAUGUUUUGAUGUAAUAAGGGUGAAUUUGUCAGCAUUCUUUCUAAGCAUUAAAGUAUUCUCCUUUUAUUUGUUUACAUGCAUCUUUACCAAACUUUUGGUUAGGGUUGUGCUGAUAUACCAUUAAUAAUUUAGGCCAGUGGUUCUCAGCAGGUGGUCCCUAGACCAGCAGCCUCAGCAUCACCUGAGAAGUUGUUAGAAAGGCAUACUACCAGGCUCCAUCCCAGAUGCAGUGAAUCAUAAACUCUGGGUGAGGGGCCCAGCAUUGUGUUUUAACAAGCACCAGGUUCUUCUGCACGCUCUACUUUUAAGAAUCACUAAUUUAGUAAAUGUUUUCACUAUUUAGACUUUAGGGUGGCUAAGUAGGCUUUUUCAAGAACUAGUAAUUUUACAGUUUAGAAGAUUUCAAGGUACUGCUGACAAGUAGCUUAUUAUGUCAGUAUAGGUACAUAUGUCCGGAUCAUAAUUCAGUUUUCCUUCCUAAUGUUACAAUUUUUUAGUUUGCUUUUUAUAAGGGCCAUAGCAUAAGUCUCAAUUCCUAGUGGAAAUCUUGUUUUGACGUUGUGGGUGUGGGGUGUAGAUUGCUGUUUACAAUAGUGCCUUCAUUAGGUUUAGUUUUAUUUUCAUUUAUUAUUAACUCAAAGGUGUAAAAAUAGGCCCUAAUGUCUUUCCUGUUAGGUUUGUUUCUGUUUUUCACUUUAUGUAAACUCAGAAUCCUUUCUGUAAGUGAUGACUACUGAGGAAAUAAUGUUAGUAGUAGCUGAACUUCAGACUUGAUGCUAUAUCGAUUAAUAUUCAAAUAGAGAAGGCAAUUAAGCAAAACAGCCAAUUAUGCUUUUCCAUGGCUUUCUGAAAUUUUAGUCUGUGAAACUGUCUCUCUUAAGUUCUUUUUGAAAGUCACUUUUUUUUCCAGCACUGCUCUAAUUUUUAAAUAUUUGGUAUAACAGCUUCUGGCAUGUGAACAAGCUAAUGUUCAAAGUUAACUAAAGAAAACCCUUACAGUUCUAAACUUCUCUAUAAAUCGCUAGAAAUACAUGGAGCAGUGAGAUAUAGAAAAAACCUUCGCUUGUUGGCUAUUGAUAAAAGUCUAAUUUUAGAUGUGAAAUCAUGGGUUUUCUUUAAAUGUUUUCAUGGAGAGUUUGUUAUCAUGAACAUUAGAAGUAGUAUUAUUUCUUUUCUUUUACCACAUGUCUAAACAUUCACAUGGGUUAAAGAAGAUGGAAACUGAUACUACUGACAAGCUGCUUUCUGACUUUCAUAAUUUUUAUUAUGGAUAGCUUUUGGGAGGUAAUCAUGAUUCUGUAGGAGGAACUGUAAUCAAUAUUUUUUUAACUCUAGAGUCAGAGGUUAUGUGAUAGGAUCUUUACUUUUUUAAACUAUCAUAUCAAGUGGCUCAUUAAGAAAAAGAUUAAUGACUUAAAUUUUUAAUUCUCAGUUGAUAUAAAGGCUUUUAACCUUUGCUUACAAUCAUGUGUUUUGAAAUUUUGAUUUUACUCUAGUUCCUUGAAGGUUAAAGAAUUGAAACUGAGGAUAAAAAUUGAUGUAUUGCAGCUUUGCUGAGGUCUGUGGUAUGGUUUUAAGAUUUUGAAGACUACUAAGUUCAUACUUUAAAUUUUACUAAAAUAUAAAAGUAUAUGUAUAUGGUUUUCAGUUGGAGUACUCCCUUUGACUUUCCUCUUACCCUUUCUUUGAUGCUCCUAACUUGUUUAGAGGGCCCAAAAAGAGCUUAGGGAUAGACCCCAGAAUACUUUGAGGAAGGUGGAAAGGGUCAACCUCAUUGUGUCUUCCUUCCAAGUCUAGGAAGAGUAAAUGGAGAGAAGAGCAAAUGCAGCUGAAUUCUCUGCCUGCUCUUAGCAAAAGCAAAAUUCCAGAGAAUGACUUGUCUGUUCUCUACCUAUUCUUCCCAGGAAAGUAGGCCACUUCUGGAGACCAUAGAGCAACAUUUAUCUGUUAAAUACUUGGAAACAAUUGACAAUGACCAGUAAAAGAAAAUCCUAACAGGGUCAUGAUAUAAUACGACCAUUUUUUUCACUCUCCCAACAAUUACAUAGUCUUAUUACCUUAGAUUUAACUUAAGUCACUAUUAAACAAGUUUACCAAAGCACCACAAAGCCAGUUUUAAAAGUUUAUAAAGAUUUGAAUGUUUAUAGUAAAGUAUGCCAUGAGAUUUUGCGUAAAUUUGGAUGUCACGUCUUUACUAUAAACUAGAGAUUGCCUAUAAAGUUGGUUUGAAGGAGACUGAAAAUAAUUCUUCUGAUUAAAGGGAAAAAAAAUAAAACAACUUGGCUUGCUUGUGUUAUGGAAGAGGGAGAUUACAAAAUCUCUCUCCAUCUCCUCCCCCCCCAGAAAAACAUCAUAAAAAGAUAAAAAAGUUCUUGUUUUUGUUAAUGUGCUGUACUGUACUUUUUUUCUGUUUUAAUGUCUCAUGUAGAUAAUUCAAGUUUGAAUUAUUUCUUUUCUGGACUAAGUCAUAAUUUAUUCAGUCUGACAUAUCUCUGAGUUUAAGACAAAUCCAACUCAGUAUUUUUCCUGUUUAUAAAUCCAAACUAACAAAUUAAUAAAAAUGUGAGACUUAUUUGCUCUAGUGUCAGUGUUAUCUGUAGAGAAUUGACACUGGAGUAAAUAAGUGUCUCCCCUUUAAACAUAACCUUUGUUAACUUAGGGCAUGAUAAAGUACCCUCAAGUUUUUCAAAAACAUUUUAUUAGAGACCUUGUAUGUAUGUUAAUUGUACCUCAAUAAAACUGGAAGAAAAAAAAGAGUUUUUGUAGAAGUCUAUGAGACCCCAGCACAGCUUUUCAAAGUAUGGACCUUGAAUUAAACAAAAUGACAUAUCUUUUUCUAUAGUUUUGCAACUGAAUCAAAGUAAGGCAAUGUAGUAUAACGUUUAGUGGAAUUUAAAGAUAAUUCAUUCUGCCCUAACAAGAACUUACAAUAAAAUAGCACUUUUUUUCAUGAGACUUGUCUCACUUUUUUGUUAGGCUGUGGCAGUUUUGUCCAUUUCCUCAGCCCUUCGGGUUGACCAGAUAUUGCUGAAUUAAUCCCAGAAACUGACUUGUAAUUUAAUGACUCUACAGAUUGAACAGACAUCUCAUUUAUUUAGCUCCUUAAAAGUGCUAAUUGCCACUUAAAGGAGAAAUUCCAAGAAACUUCUGUAUAAAGGUAUCCAGAUUCUGGUGAGCUUUAAAAAUUGUGAAAUUAAUGAAAUGUCUUCAUAUUUAAGCCAAAAAUGUUAGUAUAUGACAAAUAUAGAAGUCUUGUUUCCAGAUUCUUUAGCAGAGAUUUUUGUUCAUGGCUUACUUUAUAGCCUCAUGUGCCUUAAAGGUUAACUCUGUACUUUUUCUCAAUAUCAGGCUUUUUCAAUCUCAAAAGUAAUCUAAAAAUUAUAAUUUGUUUUAUAAAAUGUCCAUACUAUUGGAUAUCAGUAAGCAAAAACAUUAAAUUGAAUCUGAUUAAUCAAUGGUGAUAGAGUGUGUAAUAAAACAAGAACCUUUCAGGUCUUAAAUUUCAUUUAUAUAACAUUAUUUUUGGCCCAGCUAGGUCAUUGAGGGACACUGAAAGUUAUCUGAAGUAUAGCUUAAUGUAUUCUCUCAUUUUUUCCCAUGAAAAAGGUCAUAAGCCAGAAUGCUUUUUUAAAACCAGAUAAUUCUUAGUAUUUGGGAAGAUCAUUUUAAAGGCAAAAGUAGUUCAAGAACAUAGAUUAUAGAACAACUUGAUUCUCUCAUUAUAACUUUAGGCAUUCUUUGCAUUCAUUUCUGUAAUAGCUGGAACACUCCCCUCCCCUUUAGCAAAUUACUUUUUAGCUCAAGAAAAUGUUUACUUAGAAUGGGAGGAGUUACUUAAAGUCAGUAUAUAGUUUGAGACAGUUGAUAGGAAAAUUCCCAGUUGCAUUCAAAUAUAGUAUUGAUAUUGAGCACACUGACAUUGAACAUGUCUAAACUUAGAGAUAAAUCUAAUCCUUAAAAGGACUAUUAGUUAGAAAAUAAGUAUCUGUAUACACAUGUACUGUGGUAACUUUGGAUUCGUUUUAAGUCUGACAAAGUAAGAUAAAUUCUAUCUUUACAAAGAAAUUAUGCUAAGUGAGUGAGAGAAAUAUUUAGACCUAGACAUUUCUGUCAGCAUAGUAUCUAGAACAUAGCUCCUUAGAAUUUUAGCUUAAUUCUCAUUUCUUUGGAAAAUAAUUUACUUUUUCCAAAGGCUUAGAAGGAACUCUAAACAUUUCUCUAAUUAACUGGCAAUUAAUAGAGUACAGAAGUUGCAUGCUAUAGCUGCAGAUCUCAGUUGACUCACUAAAAUUUUAUUUUCACAUUUUCUCUAAUAUUAAAAUUAUUUUGAGCCCCUCUCACAGUUUAUAUUUUCAAUUCAGGUUAUUAAUAUUUUAUCCUAGAUCACAUGAUGCUAAGUUAAUUUUUAAUUUGACAUUCAUACUGAACUCUGAAAAACUGGUUUGUUCUUGUCUUAUUUCAGAAUACAGUAUUUUUCCUUUAUCGUCACGUUUGUUACAUCUUUGUGGUCAAUGGAACCUGUGGAAAUCUGUGUUCUUUUUUUUGUGGUGAGGGAUAUGGGUAGAAAAGAGAAUUGCUCUAAUCAUACGUACGCAUUUUAAAGGUAGUUGUAGAAUUAAUAUGUAUAAAUGACAUGUUAACACUUACCUACUCUGGAUUGUUCUAAGGAACAGUGGCCUGAAGCCAUGGCUUGUUUUCUGGAGCUGCUUGCUCUUCAACAGUAGCUAACCAAUUGGAUUUAAGUUUAGACUUUGGAGUUAGGUUAUCUAGCUGAGGCUUUUAGGAAUGAAGCAGACUAUGUCUGUUCCUGUAGUGAAUCAAUUUAAUUUCCACUUUGAGUACUCUAAUUUGGGUAUAAGUAUUAUCCAUUCUAAAUCUUUGUGUUGGGAGUUUAAUUGGACUGUUGUCAAAAGCUAUUAAAAAAGCUAAACACAAAUAUAUGUAAAACACUUCACAAAUGUUUAAAAUUUUCACUUUUUUUUUUAGUUUCAAAGGUUAGUUAUGUAGCAUCAAUAUCAUAACCAAAGCAAGUAGGAAGUUGACUGGUUUGGAGAUUCUUCAAGUAGUCUUCAAUACUGUAACACUUCAGAUUGUUAACCAGGAUUUUUGUCCUGUAUUUCUGCUAAAUGUAUUACUAUAUUAAUGCACUUUUGUAUAUAUAACUGUCUCUGUACAUUCUGUACUUACUGCAGUGUAUAUAAAAGCUGUUUUUCCUGAAGCUGUAGGGGAAAAACAAUAGCUGUAACACAAGUUGUUUCUAUUUUGAGUUCCUUCUUGUACUUGAAAGUAGUGGUUCUGUAGUUAAUUCUAAAUGUGUAUGUAUGGUUGUAAUUAAAACUGGCAAUGUGGCAGACCUGUCUUUUGAAGCUGAAUAUCAGACUGAACAGUGUUGUUUUGGCUAUUGAAAACUCUUGUAGUAUUUUAAUUGUUUCUUUUGAUGUACCAUGGGUUUCUACAAAACCCACUGCUGCUUACUUACUACUUUAUACUUCUGAAUCUACUCCUUUACAUAUUCCAUCCCAGAACAUUUAUCAACAGAGAAAAUUAGGUCUCCUCUCUUUUGCUUACAGUUCGGUUAAGAUUCCAUAAACUUGUUUUGUGAAAGCCCCAAUUUCCCAAAUGUCAUUGACAAAUCAUUUUUUUUUUUCUGGGGAGAUAAGAUUUCUAGGGAGAUUAGCAUUCAUAGUAAGUUGAAAAUUAGGUCUAAAUUUUGUUUAUAGAAGAUCAGAUUUAUUUUCCUUAUAUAUUAAUCUAGAAAAUUUUUAGGUUAUAAUUAUAUGAAAGAAAUGUCUGAGCAGUUUUACAUAGUUUCAGAAGCAAUUCAACUUUCAGCAGCAACUUUAUCUCUUGCCACUAGAGGGAGGUCUGUGUUUGCUCUCCUUUGGAAAAUCUCUUAGCUGCUUUUCUUUUGUUUUUAAUUUCAGAGGUUGGAAUCCACCUCGUUUUCAAAAUCCCUUUUGUGAUAUUACUUUCAUUUGUUAGUGAAAGGUAAGUUAAUUGAGCUUGUUUAAUAAAGCAAAUCUAACGCUUUUCUGUAA